AUGGACCGUGCGGUGGCCAAGUUCCUGCUGAGGGUAAUCAGGAGGGAUAGCAGUAAAGCGGUCAGACUGUGCAACAAGGACCCCUUCGUCAUGAUGAACGCCGUCUACCUCCACCGUCUCUUCCCUAACUCAAAGUUCAUCUUCGUCAUUCGCGACGGUCGAGCAGCCAUCCACUCCGCCGUCAGCAGAUCGGUGACCAUCAUGGACUACAACCUGGCGUCGUACGAGGAGAGCUUACGGAUGUGGAACUGGGCCACGUACAUCAUGCAGCAGGAGUGUGAAGAGCUUGGCCCUCACUCUUGCCUCCCCGUCUACUACGAGCAUCUCAUCCUCCAGCCCAGGCGAGUGAUGCGCUCGGUCCUCAGGUUCCUGGACCUGCCGUGGCGUGAGCACGUUCUCCAUCACCACAAGUUCGUCGACAAGACGAGUGGAGGAAUCUCUCUGAGCUCGUCGGAGAAAUCAACGAGCCAAGUAAGACGGGCCAGGUACACGGACGCCCUCACCUCAUGGGUGGGACGUCUGCCCUUCCACCUUCUGCAUGAUAUGGACGUCGUGGCCCCGAUGCUCGCCGCCCUGGGCUAUGACGCUCACGCCAACCCUCCGCCUUACCACAGGCUGGUCUAUACCUGGGGUUUCCAGCUCCUCAACGGGUCCGCUGCUCGACACCCAGUCAGGACGUUCCUCAGCGCCCUCCACCACAGGACCAAUGAGCACUCUAUAGGGAUCUAG